UUGUGAAGGAGUGAGGCGCAAGCGCACUUCAAUUGUCUUUCAAAGGGUUCCGGGACCUUCUAGUGAUCCGGGUGAGCCGCGGCAAGACGAGCUUUUGGGGGUUGCUUUUAUUUGAUUCUCGCUGUUUUUAUUUGACAGGGCUUUGCUGUAAGAUGGAGGAGACUGACAGGGAAGCAGUUGCAACAGCUGUACAAAGGGUAGCUGGGAUGCUUCAACGACCAGACCAGUUAGAUAAAGUAGAACAAUAUCGCAGAAGAGAAGGCCGUAAGAAAGCUUCAGUAGAAGCGCGACUGAAGGCUGCAAUUCAAUCACAACUUGAUGGAGUUCGAACUGGUUUAAGCCAGCUGCACACUGCAUUGCAUGAUGUCAAGGACAUACAGCAUUCCUUAGUUGAUGUCAAUAAAGAUUGGCGGCAGAGUAUCAACACCAUAGAAAAUCUCAAAGAUGUUAAAGAUGCUGUAGUUCAACAUAGUCAACUGGCAGCUGCUGUAGAAAACCUCAAAAAUAUAUUCUCAGUCCCAGAGAUAGUCCAGGAAACUCAAGACUUGAUUGAGCAAGGGCAGUUAUUGCAAGCCCAUCGAAAGCUGAUGGAUUUGGAGUGCUCCCGAGAUGAUCUUAUGUAUGAACAAUACCGCAUGGAUAGCAAGAAUACCCACGAUAUGAACCUAAUUGAUAGUUAUUUUGGAGAUAUGCAGAAACUUUCUGAAGAACUGGCCAAGCAACUCUGGAUGGUCAUUCAAAGGUCUCUAGUCACUGUCCGUAGAGAUCCAACCUUGCUUGUUUCAGUUGUAAGAAUAAUUGAGAGAGAAGAAAAGAUAGAUCGGCGUAUGUUAGAUCGGAAAAAGCAAACUGGAUUCAUCCCCCCUGGGAGACCUAAAAAGUGGAAAGAAAAAAUGUUUGAUGUCCUGCAUCGAACUGUUAUUACCAGGAUUGAAGGCACUCAAGCAGAUACUCGAGAGUCUGACAAAAUGUGGCUUGUUCGCCAUCUGGAAAUAAUUCGUAAAUACGUUCUUGAUGACCUGUUGGUGGCUAAAAAUCUCAUGGAUCAGUGUUUUCCCCCACAUUAUGAAAUUUUCAAGAGAUUGCUAUCUAUGUAUCACCAGGCAUUGUCUUUACGCAUGCAGGACCUGGCUUCAGAAGAUUUAGAGGCAAAUGAAAUUGUUAGCCUUUUGACUUGGGUUUUAAAUACAUAUAAAAGUGAAGAAAUGAUGGGAAAUUUGGAACUGGCACCAGAACUGGAGGUGAAUUUGCUGCAACCUCUUCUUUCUCAGGAUAUCGUGAAUGAACUUCUCAGCACAUAUAUGUCAACUCUUACGUCCAACAUUAUAGGCUGGCUAAGAAAAGCAUUGGAGACAGAUAAAAAAGACUGGCUAAAAGAAAAUGAACCAGAAGCAGACCAGGAUGGAUAUUAUCAAACAACACUCCCAGCUAUUGUAUUUCAGAUGUUUGAACAGAAUCUUCAGGUGGCUACUCAGAUAAGUGAAGAUUUGAAAAUAAAAGUCCUGCAUUUGUGCCUUCAACAAAUGAGUUCCUUUCUUAACAGGUAUAAAGAGGAAGCACAUUUAUAUAAAGAAGAACAUUUAAGAAAUCGUCAAUAUCAUCCAUGCUAUGUUCAGUACAUGGUUGCCAUCAUCAACAACUGUCAGACUUUUAAGGAGUCGAUCAUCAGUUUGAAGAAGAAAUAUUUGCCCCCUAUGAUGGAAGAGAUGCUGAUAAGCAGUCAUGCAUGCAUCGAUGCUGUUUUAGAUGAUAUUGCAAAAGAAGGAUGCUCAAGCCUGCUAGAUGAAGUCUUCAUUGAUUUAGAGCCCCAUCUUAGUGAAUUGAUGACAAAAAAAUGGCUCGGUGCAUCCAAUGCUGUGGAUACAAUCUGUGUAACUGUUGAAGAUUAUUUUAAUGAUUUUGCAAGAAUAAAGAAGCCCUGUAAGAAGAAAAUGACUGUUGAGUGCCAUCGUAGAGUUGUUAUGGAAUAUAUCAAGGCUGUAAUGUUAAAACGUAUUACUUUUAAAAAUGCAGAAGAAAGAAAAGAAGGUGCUGAAAGGAUGAACAGGGAAGCCAAACAGUUCAGGUUUCUAUUUAAAAAACUUGCAGCAGGAUCUGGAGAAGACACAGAGGGGCUUUGUGAUGUCAUUGAAGCUAUUGCAGAGGUUUUCAAGCUAACUGAUCCAUCGCUGCUUUAUUUAGAAAUCUCAACUUUAGUUAGUAAACAUCCUGAUAUCAGAGAUGACCAUAUUGCGGCUUUAUUAACAAUGAGAGGAGAUGCCAGCAGAGAGAUGAAGCAGACUAUCAUUGAAACUUUGGACAAAGGCCCAAGCCAGCCAAAUCCAAACUAUGUGCCACUUUUUAAAGAAAUUAUAGUUCCAACACUAACUGUGCCAAAGCUUCUUAAGUAAUAACAAUAGUUCAUGUCAAAAUUUGGAAUGUUUUAGCUUACAAUGCGUAUAGAGAAAAUACAAAUUUCUUGCAAAGCAUUUUUCCUCCUAUAUUAACAUUUGUAACAAGAUAUAAGAAUACCUAAUUCAGUCACUGAAAAAAUAUAUAAUAUGAUGUCCAAGAGUGUUUUAGAAUUGCAUUUUUACCAUUAUUAGUGGAUCCCCCCCAACUUGCAUUUUUGUGUGCAUUUCAGAAAAAAUAAAGAGUGUCUAUUUAUGUCCAAUUUGGAUAAAAAAUUGAAAGCAGCAAUAUUUUAAGGGUACAUAAAUUAUCACUAGAUUUGAAAAGAGAGUUGUGUUAGGUGUUUGCUUAAUAAAUGAAUAGCACUGGUGUUGCAUUUUUGAAUUGUGUGCACAUUUGGCUGUCCUUUUGUGAAACAUUUAUUUAAAUACUUAUUACAAAAAUUUAUGUAAAGAAAGGAGAAAUGAACAGAAGAGUGCAAAACUGUAUUACAGGUAAUCCUUGUUUAGCAACCACAAUUUGGUCCAGAAAUUCAGUAAUUAGACAUAACAGUUGCUAAGUAAAAAUUACAUUACCAUGACUGUACUUACUAUUUUACUUCAGUUUUCUUUUGCUUAAUACUUCCUUCAGUUGAACAGAGGUACUUUCUAUAUGAGAUCUUGGUAUGAGGUAAAUAAGCAGGUAAAAGUAAGGGGAGAGAGAUAACUGCAGAAGGUUGUAAAUACAGCUGUUGGUCCCUAAAUUGCCUUUUUACUAUUGUAACUUCAAAUACUAAAUGAAGCAAAUCACUAAGUGAAGACUACCUAUAAUUAUAAAUACUGUGCUAUCAUUUAGAAUUAAUGGGGACAAUUUAGGAUAUUAAUCCAAAAUCUUGAUCAAUUUAUUUCCCCAAUAAAUUUCCACUCAGUUUCUGCUUCAACAUACCCAGCAAAGGGAAGCAUACUACCUGUCUAGAUAGUUUGUAAUGGACAAACUGGUCUUACCAAAAUGAUACUCAUUGUAGGAAUAGCCAAUCCCCAAUUCCAGAUUACAUAUAAACUAUGGAAACUGGGAUACUAUAACUUGUGUAAUAAAAUUGAGCAGCAAUCUGGACAAUCCAUAUAAUUUCUCUCUCUUCACCCUCAUUUUUACCAAGAAACAAAAUUAAUAGUUGAAUUAAUGUAUCAAAAUUUAAAUAAUUUAAAUUAAUUAUUUAAAUUAAAUAAUUUAAAAUACUGCAGAGUGCCCCUAAAAACACACACAUUCUCAUGAGAUCGCUGCUUUAUCCAUAGUGAUUAAGCAUUUUAAAAAAUUAAAGGUGCAGUCUUCAGCUGUUGAAAAUUUAUCACUACACAAAAGCAUUAAUGAGUCUUAACCCUCAGAUGGGCCUCUGGUGGCUCAGACUGCUAAGAUAGUCUGUUAUUAACACAGCUGCUUGCAAUUAUUGCAGGUUCAAGUCCCACCAGGCCCAAGGUUGACUCAGCCUUCCAUCCUUUAUAAGGUAGAUAAAAUGAGGACCCAGAUUGUUGGGGGCUAUAAGUUGACUUUGUAUAUAAUAUACAAAUGGAUGAAGACUAUUACUAACAUAGUGUAAGCCACCCUGAGUCUUCGGAGAAAGGCGGUAUAUAAAUGCAAAUAAAAAAAAACCCACAAUUUUCUGAUUCAACAGAAUAAGACUCAGGAUUUUGUUUAUAUGAUACAUAAAAUGGUUAUGCAACACAAUUUUUUGAGGUCUCACAAAAUUUUCUUUUCAGUGAAAGUAUACAGAAUUUAGCAUAUUAAAUCAUAAUAUAAUAAUAAACUUCCUGAAAAACAGGAAGCAGCAGAUGAAGCUAAGCAGAAUCACAUCAGAUACCUGUACAAUUAGCACAGGGCCCCUCCAAGGCUGUGUGCUCUCCCCAAUACUCUUCUCUCUGUAUACCAAUAACUGCAUCUUAAUAAUAACAGAGUUGGAAAGGACCUUGGAGGUCUUCUAGUCCAACCUCCUGCCCAGGUAGGAAACCCUAUACCAUUUCAGACAAAUGGUUAUCCAACAUUUUCUUAAAAAUUUCCAGUGUUGGAGUAUUCACAACUUCUGCAGGCAAGUUGUUCCACUGAUAAAUUGUUCUAACUGUCAGGAAAUUUCUCCUUAGUUCUAAGUUGCUUCUCUCCUUGAUUAGUUUCCACCCAUUGCUUCUUGUUCUACCCUCAGGUGUUUGGAGAAUAGUUUGACUCACUCUUCUUUGUGGCAACCCCUGAGAUGUUGGAACACUGUUAUCAUGUCUCCCCUAGUCCUUCUUUUCAUGGAUCUUUAACGAUCCAUCUGUUAAACUAUUGAAGUUCACAGAUGACACAACGGUGAUCGGUCUCAUUUGAGACAAUGAUAAAUCCGCAUAUAGACAGGUUAAAAAACUAACAUAAGAGCACCAGCGUGCCUACCGUCUCUGUCCUAAUGUUCCCUUUAGUUGUAUUCAUUUUAUGUAUUCAAUUCAUGCUUAUACUUAUAUAUAUUAUUUAAUAUGUAUUUGACAAAUUAAAUAAAUAAAUAAACUAGCCUUGUGGUGCGACCAGAACAAUCUGGAACUGAACACACUCAAAACUGUAGAAAUAGUGGUAGACUUUAGGAGAAACCCUUCCAUACUUCCACCUCUUACAAUUCUAGAAAACACAGUAUCAACAGUAGAGACCUUCAAAUUUCUAGGUUCUACCAUAUCUCACGACCUAAAAUGGACAGCUAACAUUAAAAACAUCAUCAAAAAAGCACAACAAAGAAUGUUUUUUCUGCGCCAACUCAGAAGGCUCAAUUGCCUUCCAUUGAGGAUCUAUAUACUGCACGAGUCAAAAAGAGGGCUGUGAAAAUAUUUAUAGAUCCCUUACAUCUUGGACAUAAACUGUUUCAACUCCUACCCUCAAAACGACGCUACAGAGCACUGCACACCAGAACAAUUAGACACAAGAACAGUUUUUUCCUGAAUGCCAUCACUCUGCUAAACAAAUAAUUCCCUCAACACUGUCAAACUAUUUACUAAAUCUGCACUACUAUUAAUCUUCUUAUUGUUCCCAGCACCCAUCUUCCAUUUAUGACUGUAUGACUGUAACUUAGUUGCUUGUAUUCUUCGACUGAUAUUGAUAUUUCCUGAUUGCUUAUUUGUACCCUAUGACUAUCAUUAAGUGUUGUAUCUUAGAAUUCUUGAUGAAAGUAUCUUUUAUGUACACUGUGAGUAUAUGCACCAAGACAAAUUCCUUGUGUGUCCAAUCACACUUGGCCAAUAAAAUAUUCUAUUCUA